UUCUCGAGAGAAAAGAUGGGCCAAACCACAAUUCUUGUAGCGAUAAUUCUGACUCUUGUUAUGAAUGCUCAGAGCACUUUCGUUGUAGGAGAUGCUGCUGAGAGAAAGGUGUACGUAGUUUACUUGGGAGAGAAGGAACAUGAUGAUCCUGCGUCUGUCACCGAAUCUCACCAUCAGAUGUUAUGGUCACUUCUUGGAAGCAAAGAGUCUGUCCACGAUUCAAUAGUGUAUAGUUAUCGACACGGCUUCUCAGGAUUUGCUGCGAAGCUAACAGAAUCCCAAGCCCAACAACUUUCAGAACUGCCUGAGGUUGUUCAUGUCAUACCAAAUACAUUGUACGAACUGACAACAACUAGGACUUGGGAUUACUUGGGUCUGUCUCCGGGUACUUCAAAGAGUCUCUUACAUAAGGCCGACAUGGGGCGGAAGAUCAUUGUUGGAGUCAUCGAUACAGGAGUAUGGCCGGAGUCUGAAAUGUAUAAUGACAAAGGCUACGGACCUAUACCGAGUCGUUGGAAAGGAAGCUGUGAAUCUGGAGAACUCUUCAACGGUUCGAUUCAUUGCAACAGAAAGCUGAUAGGAGCAAAAUACUUUGUUGAUGGCCUUGUUGCCGAAAUCGGAGACAUUGACAGAACACAGAACCCUGAGUACGCAUCCCCAAGAGACUUUAACGGUCAUGGCACGCACGUCUCCUCAACCAUCGGCGGUUCUUUUCUGCCUGAUGUAAGCUACCUAGGCCUUGGAAGAGGAACCGAGAGAGGCGGUGCGCCCGGUGUACGUUUAGCUAUUUACAAGGCUUGCUGGCUUCAGUCAGGGUCUUGUUCAGGAGCUGAUGUCUUAAAAGCAAUAGACGAAGCUAUACAUGAUGGUGUUGAUGUUUUGUCACUCUCUUUAGGAUCCAAGGUUCCUUUGUAUUCAGAGACUGAUGUGAGGGAACUGACUUCUGUGGGAGCAUUCCAUGCGGUUGCAAAAGGAAUUCCUGUUGUUGCUGCAGCUGGUAAUGACGGUCCCUCGGCUCAGACUAUUGCGAACGUAGCUCCUUGGAUCUUGACGGUUGCUGCAACAACUCUAGACCGUUCCUUCCCCACAGCCAUUACACUUGGAAACAAUAUAACAAUACUGGGUCAAGCAAUCUUUGUCGGUCCAGAACUCGGCUUUUCCGAACUAGUUUACCCACAGUCAGGUGAUUGCCAGAAGCUCUCUACGAAUCCCAACAACACAAUGGAAGGAAAAGUUGUGUUAUGUUUCACAAGAGAAACAAGUGUCACCCCUGCGGUGGAUGCUAUAGUAGCAGUAAGAAACGCUGGAGGUCUUGGGGUAAUUAUUGCAAGAAAUCCUACACACUUGCUUAUUCCAUCUCGUAACUUUCCAAGUGUUGCGGUAGACUUCGAGCUUGGAACCGACAUUCUGUUCUACAUACGCUCCACAAGAUCUCCCAUUGUAAAGAUAGGGGCUUCGAGAACCCUGGUUGCACGACCUGUGGCUACAAAGGUAGCAACUUUCUCAUCAAGAGGACCCAAUUCAAUAUCGCCAGCGAUUCUUAAGCCGGAUAUAGCAGCACCUGGUGUGAACAUACUUGCAGCUACUUCCCUUAAUGAUUCUUUCAGUGUCAAUGGAUUCUCUAUGAAGUCUGGGACAUCAAUGGCUACUCCUAUAGUUUCAGGAAUUGUAGUGCUCCUCAAAUCAUUACAUCCUCACUGGUCUCCUUCUGCUAUCAAGUCAGCUAUUGUCACCACAGCUUGGAAAACUGAUCCAUCAGGUGAGCCAAUCUUCGCAGAUGGGUCAAGCCGCAAGCUAGCUGAUCCGUUUGAUUACGGAGGAGGCCUCGUGAACCCAGAGAAAGCUGCAAAACCAGGUCUCGUAUACGACAUGGCCACACAUGACUACGUCUUGUACUUGUGCGCUGCUGAUUACAGUGACAUGUCCAUAUCCCGUGUCCUCGGAAAAGCAACCGUCUGUCCUAAUCCCAAGCCUUCGGUUCUUGAUCUCAACUUGCCUUCCAUCACAAUCCCAAACCUUAGAGAUGAAGUCACUCUCACAAGAACAGUCACUAAUGUUGGACCUCUCAAUUCAGUUUACAAAGUCAUGAUUGAUCCUCCAAUGGGAGUUAAUGUGACUGUUAGACCAAUGACACUUGUGUUUAAUUCUACUGUUACAAAGUUAUCUUUCACGGUUCGAGUCACGACCACACACAGAGUAAACACGGGCUACUUCUUUGGAACAUUGACUUGGAGUGAUACUGUGCACAAUGUAGCCAUCCCAGUAUCUGUGAGAACCCAGAUCCUGCAACGAUACUAUGACGAGAACUGAUGAAAGCCCAUUCGUGAAAAGAAUAAACUGAUUGAUAGUAGUAUUUGCAGUUUUACAUUUUUUUUUCUGUCACAGAUUAUGUAAUUUAUGUUGUUAAUAAAUCCUUAAAUGGAACUAUAUUUUGAUUGUAUUUUGUUGAAAAAACUAUUAA